AAUAUACCCUGAACACACCUCGACUUCUCACAGUUACUAUAGCAACAAAGCAUAGCUUGCUGGUGGCUAACAAUGCUAGCGGAAACCCAUAUCGGUACACACAGCUAGACUCCUUCGAGUUGUCAGAAAUGGAGGACCGCUACGCCUUCCUGACCGAGUGGUACGACCCGACCGCCGCUCUCCUGCGGCGCUACCAGCUGUUCUACUUCCCCAAAGAUAGCUCGGUGGAAAUGUUUGAUGUUAAAAACCAGCGCAUAUUUCUGAGGAGGACCCGGUACCAGGAGCUCCGCCUGGAGGACCUGUUUGUCGGGAAUCGAGUGAACGUUUUCUCCCGUCAGCUCAAUCUGAUUGAAUAUGGAGACCAGUACACCGCCAACAAGCUGGGCAGCAAGAAGGAAAGAACUCUGGCUCUGAUAAAGCCGGACGUCGUCACCAAGAUCGGAGACGUGCUGGAGUUGAUCCACUCGUCCAACCUGCUGGUGACCAAAGCCAAGAUGACGGCGCUCACAGGGAAGCAGGCGGCAGACUUUUAUGUGGAACAUCAGUCGAAGCCUUUCUUCAAUAACCUGGUGCAGUUUGUGUCCUCGGGCCCCGUGGUGGCCCUGGAGCUGAUGGGGGACGAGGCCGUGUCCAUCUGGCGGAGGCUCCUGGGGCCCACAGACUCCUCGGCGGCGAGGAAGGAGGCGCCGCGCAGCGUCCGGGCCCAGUUCGGGACCGACGCCGUGAAAAACGUCGGCCACGGCUCCGACUCCCUCGCCGCGGCAGCGAGGGAGCUGGAGUUCUUCUUCCCGUCCACCGUCGGCCACGGCCCCCCCAACACGGCCACGUGCACGGAGUGCACGUGCUGCAUCGUCAAACCCCACGCCGUGUCAGAAGGUCUGACCGGGAGGAUCCUGAACUCCAUUUCAGCGGCCGGAUUUGAGAUCUCGGCGCUUCAGAUGUUCAACGUGGACCGGCCCAACGCAGAAGAGUUCUACGAGGUGUACAGGGGCGUCGUCAACGAGUACCCCGGCAUGGUGACGGAGCUGUGCUCCGGGCCCUGCUUGGUCCUGGAGAUCCACGGCGCCGACGCGCCGCGCUCCUUCAGGGCCUUCUGUGGACCCGCCGACCCGGAGAUCUCCAGACGCCUUCGCCCGACCUCGCUGCGCGCCCUCUACGGCAAAGACCGCGUGAAGAACGCCGUGCACUGCUCCGACCUCCCCGAGGACGGCUUCCUGGAGGUUCAGUAUUUCUUCAGGAUUCUGGACGGGUGACAGAGACAUGAGGCGGUGCAUUCAAAGACGUGACAGUUGAACUCAUGUUUGUUUAUUGUUUCAGCCUUAUGCAGAUUAAAUAAAGUGUUUUGAUCUUUAACAUUUAA